UUUUUCUAGUGCCAACGAAGAUCUGGUUCUCCAUCUUCACAUAUACGAAUUGAUCGGAUCAAAUUGUUCAGAUAAUAAGGGGGAAAAGAGGGGGAAAAUACACAAUUCCAAUAAUCACGAUGGGUUUCAAGAUAUUUGUGGUGGCGAUGAUGGUGGGUUUCUUUGCAGCGGCGCAGGUUUCAUCGGCAUCCACUGUUCCCGCUUUUCUAUGGUCUCCGGUCUUAUCCAACAAUGAAUUGAAGGAAUAUGUAAAUUAUCAGAUCACGUCUCCAAAGGAUCUAGCAAACUCUGUUCUCUCUCAAGGGGGCUGGUCUGACUUACUGUGCUCUGGGAGGAAAAAUGAACGCUCUGUCGAUCUCGCCAUUGUUUUUGUUGGUAGAGAGUUGCACUCUUCAGAUGUUGCAGGAAAUAAACAUGUGGAUCCGGCUCUUUUGAACUUGCUUAAGGCCUCUUUUACCAGGUCCAACUUCUCAAUGGCAUUUCCAUAUGUAGCUACCUCCGAAGAGGAAACAAUGGAGAAUUUGUUGGUUUCAAGUUUUAAGGAAGCUUGUGGGCGUGGUUUGGGAAUCAGUAAUGUUGCAUUUUCGGAAUCAUGCUCUAUAGAGGGUGGAGGUUUCCAGAAACUUGGAAACUUGCAUUCGAUCCAUGAUCAUCUAGUUUCAAGGAUGGAACAGAGAACAAAGGGGGAAACUGAUUUGGUUGUUCUAUGCCAUGGGGGCUUUCAAUCUCUGAAAGAGCUCGACCAGACAUUCCCUGAGAGCGAGAUUUUGAAUGAAGUUAUGAGUUCAGUGGAGCAAUCUGGGGUGAAAUAUGCAGCUCUUUAUGUUUCUGAUCCUUUUAAAUCCAUCCACUACCCCGGUUAUAAAGAGCUUGAAAGGUUUCUUGUUGAAGAUACUCCAAAGAAUGCUUCAGCUAGUGCUCAAGUCUGUGAUGAGGUUUGCAAGCUAAAAUCCUCACUCCUAGAGGGAGUUUUAGUUGGACUCGUGUUGCUUUUAAUUUUAGUAUCAGGCCUUUGCUGCAUGAUGGGCAUCGAUACGCCAACAAGAUUUGAGGCGCCACAAGAUAAUUGAUUGUCCAUUUGGUGCAACCGAGCGUCUUUAUGUUGUAAUAAGGCUUUCGUCCUUAAUGGUAUCUAGGAGCUCGUUCUUUGAAACUGCACAAGACAAGCACCACGAGCUCUGUAUCGAGGGAUAAGUAGUUUUCUGCUUCAAUAUGAUUCGGAACUCAGUUUCAUAUGUUUGUUUA